AUGCUCAUCGAUGUGCUGCCAGCAGAGAACCCCAAGCGGACACUAACGUAUAUCGCCAAGAUGCUGCAGAAUCUCGCAAACAAGCCAUCGUAUGCCAAGGAGCCCUACAUGGUCAAGCUGCAGCCAUUCAUCCACCAGAACAAGGAGCGAAUCAAUAAGUUCUUGUUGGACCUGUGCGAGGUACAGGACUUUUACGAUACUCUCGAGAUGGACAACUACGUUGCUCUGUCUAAGAAGGAUCUAGAGCUGUCCAUCACGUUGAACGAAGUGUAUGCGACGCACUCGCUCUUGGAGCGACAUGCAGCUGAACUGGCCAAAGAAGACAGUUCGCAUCUAGGCGUCAUUCUCAACGAGCUCGGCUCCGCUCCAGCACAGCUUCCCCGAAAAGAGAACAGAGCCAUCAAUCUCCCGCUAUUCAGCAAAUGGGAAACGCCGCUUGACGAUCUGACCGCAGCGCUCGACAUUACGCAGGAAGAGAUCUUCUUCAUGGAAGCCAAGUCGACAUUCGUCAUGAUCCUUCGUUCGCUUCCUUCCAACACUUCCAUCACGCGACGGCCAUUGCGCCUCGACAGGAUUGCGGAAGCAGCUGCCACGACCAAGAACGACUCUGUCAUGGUCAAGAAGGGUAUCCGUAGCAUGGAGCUGCUCAGCCAACUGCAGGAUCUUGGCGUGAUUGACAAGGAAGACGGCUUCUCGUUACUCCGCGACGAAGUCGAACAAGAGCUGGUGCACUUGGGCUCCAUGAAGGAAAAGGUCAUCGAAGAGACACGGAAGCUCGAGGAAGUGUUCCGCACCAUCCGCGAUCACAAUGGCUUCCUGGUCAGCCAGCUUGACACGUACAAGUCGUACCUCCACAACGUCCGAAGUCAAUCUGAAGGCAAGACAAGGAAACAGCAAAAACACCAAGUCCUCGGACCCUACAAAUUCACCCACCAGCAGCUCGAGCGAGAAGGCGUGAUCCAGAAGAGCAAUGUCCCGGAGAAUAGGAGAGCCAACAUUUACUUCAACUUCACAAGCCCGCUACCCGGCACCUUUGUCAUCUCGCUCCACUACAAAGGGCGGAAUCGCGGUCUUCUCGAGCUCGACCUCAAGCUCGACGAUCUACUGGAGAUGCAAAAGGACAACCAAGAAGAUCUGGACCUCGAAUAUGUCCAGUUCAACGUGACCAAGGUCCUGGUCCUCCUCAACAAGCGAUUUGCACGUAAGAAGGGAUGGUAG